GGGCUGCGAGCAUCUGCGCGGGGAGCGCGCGCCCCUCAACCCGCUCCCGCUCAGCCCUCGGCGGGAGCGCGCGCGGCCGCGCCGCCCGGUACUUCCCUCCCCUCCCCUCCUCUCCGGGCGCGGCGCGGCGCGGCGCGGGAGGAGGCCACCGGCGUGAGCUCGAUGGUGCAGGGGCAGCUGUCCCUGCCGGCCCUGCCAUGGCCCCGGUGCUCUGCGGGAUGCUCCUGGAGCUGCUCCUGUACGCCAGCAGCCUGUGUGCAGCGAGCGGCACCCCUUUCCUCUACCACGACUACUGUGUCAUCGGGGCUGGCCCCUCAGGCCUGCAGGCGGCCUAUUUCCUCCAGCAAGCUGGCCGCGACUACGUUGUCUUCGAGCGGAGCCACGCUCCCGGCAGCUUCUUCGCACUGUACCCUCGCCACCGCAAGCUCAUCAGCAUCAACAAGCGCUACACGGGCAAGUCCAACAGCGAGUUCAACCUCCGCCACGACUGGAACUCGCUGCUCAGCCACGACCGCCGGCUGCUCUUCCGACGCUACUCCCACGACUUCUUCCCCAAUGCCGACACAAUGGUGCGUUACCUGGAGGACUUUGCUUCCCUGCUGAAGCUGCGGGUUCAGUACAACACGGCCAUCAUCCACGUGACUCUGGAGAGGGAUGAGCAGGCCUGGAACGGACACUACUUCCUCCUGACUGACCAGGACAGGCAGAACUACAAGUGCAGCUUGCUCUUGGUCGCCACUGGGACCUGGGUCCCCAACGUGGUAAAUUUUCCUGGCUCGGAGUAUGUUGAGGGUUACGAGACUGUGUCCAUCAACCCGGAGGAUUUUGCUGGCCAAACAGUGUUGAUCUUGGGCAGAGGGAACUCGGCCUUCGAGACAGCAGAGAACAUUCUGGGCGUCACGAAUUUCAUCCACAUGGUGAGCCGGUCCCGCGUGCGCCUCUCAUGGGCCACUCACUACGUCGGAGAUCUGAGAGCAAUUAACAACGGCCUGCUGGAUACCUACCAGCUGAAAUCUCUGGACGGGCUCCUGGAGGGCGAUCUGGAAGACCUGGCUAUCAUCAAGGACAAGAAGGGGAAGCUGCACAUCACGCUGCGGUUCUACCUGGAGGACAGAAACACCAGCGCAGGCAUUGACUCCGUCACCCUCCCGCAGGACGAGCUGGACAACUUUGCCACCCGUGCACCUUACGACCGUGUCAUCCGCUGCCUGGGCUGGAAGUUUGACUUCUCCAUCUACAACAGAUCCCUUAAAAUGAUGCCAGGAAAAGGGAAUAUAAAGAAGUAUCCUCAGAUCAAACCCAACUAUGAGUCCAGAAGCACUCCGGGGCUCUUUGUUCUCGGCACUGCUAGCCAUUCUGUUGACUUCAGGAAAUCUGCUGGGGGCUUUAUCCAUGGAUUUCGGUACACAACUCGUGCAGUCCACCGCCUACUGGAAAACCGUCACCAUGGUGUCCCCUGGCCAUCCACAGUCUACCCUAUUACACAGCUGACCAAUUCCAUCAUCAAGCGGGUGAACGAGGCCUCGGGCCUCUACCAGAUGUUCAGUGUCCUGGCUGACAUCAUACUGCUGAGAGAAAACGCCACAGCAUUUGAAUACCUGGAAGAGUACCCGGUUGGAAUCCUGGCAGAGCUAGAAACACAGACAGGGAGAAAGGCUCCCAAUGGGCUGUUUGUCAUCAUGAUGGAGUACGGCAGGAACUUUUCUGGGGCUGACAAGGAUGUCUUCUACUACAACCGAGCCGUGGGAGAGGCACAGCAUGCCUGGCAGUCCAACUUUCUGCACCCUGUUAUUUAUUACUACAAACACCUCCCAACAGAGCGUGAGAUGAAGCUUCGCCCCCCUGACUGGGCCCUCCCCCGGCCAGCUGCCGUCCACCACAUUGUGGAGGAUUUCCUGACAGACUGGACGGCCCCCAACGCCCACGUCCUGCCGCUGCGGCGCUUCCUGGAGAACUGCCUCAGCACUGACCUGCGACGCUUCUUUGCAGAGUCCUGUUUCCUCUUUGCCUUCACCCGUCAGAAGCUGCCUCCCUUCUGCCAGCAGGGCUAUGUGAGGAUGCAGGGGCUGCUGGGGACACAGGGGCUCCGGCGCCGUGCCACAGAAGCUGGCCUCAUGGAAGAUUACACUCUCACAGACUUUUUGGGAGACAGGCACCCCAGCAGCCACGAAGGGCCUCAAGAGCAGCUGCUGAGAGAUCCCAUGGUACCGGUUCCUCCACUGCAGCAUCUUGUGAAUGCCAAGGAUGAGCUUUAACCUUUCUCGCUCCAUGCUGAAACCCACAGGUGCUAUUGUGACAAUGCUGUAACAAGAGAUCCACAGCAGGACCCUGCCCUUUCCAUUGCACCUUUGCCAUCCCCAUGCCUUCCACUCAUCAUGAGUUUGCCAAAGACCUGCUCGGAUCUUGUUGUUACAAAGAGGACCAACGUGCUAUGAAGGAGAAGCCAGGGGCCAAAAUCCAGCGGUGCUGAGGCUCAAACGUUGCUCUUGCAGAGCUCGGAGAUGCCCGAAGAUGGUGUUUGUGUUUUAUCUCGCAGACCGGUAGCUGCAGCGGCCUCCAGGGGUCACAGAAGAGAGUGCAGGAACAUCAGAGUGACUCAAAAUGUCUGGUCCCUCUUGGAAGGGGACCUGCUCGCCCACAGCGGCAGCCGGGUGCCGGCUCUGUCGUCACGUAGACCUAAAGAACUAUUUGUGUGCAGAAUCUCGACGCGGUACUACUUCCAAUCACACUUCUCUGUAUUUUUUCUGCAUUUGAGUUAGGGCAGUUGUGUAGCUUGAGUAGGUUUUUCGUUACUGGAUCAUUUGUAAUUUCAUGGAGAUCACUACAAGGGACCCUUCCUCUCCCCCUCCAAAGGAUGAGUUGCCUGGAGUACCUGGGACACAGAGACUAACGCUGGGUUCAGCUCCACUGGCCUCACAUUUUCCUUCUCCUGCACCAGGCAGCCUGAAAGGUUAGCCCCUGUCUUUUAUAAAGCAUGACUAGUGUUUCUCCUAUUUGCACUUGAUGUUCCAUCAAGAAAGUUUUGGGUGGACCUUG